UCCUUUCUGGUGCACUUUAGCCUCAUUUGUACUUCCCUAAGCUAACAUAUACGGAUAGACCUCCGCGCCCAAAGCCGUUGAAUUUAUCGUCAUCUUCCUUGUAUCUCAGCACAAAACCCUAACAAUGUCUUCCCUUUCAAUUCAUAUCCACCCCAAUCGUGAACAGAAACCAAAACUUACACCUUUUUAACUCUAAAAACGACGAUGUCAAUCGUGUUUCGAAACCUCCUUAUCGCUUCACCUCCUCGCUUAAAACCUUAUCUCAGAAACCCUUAUUCAUUUCCUCCAAUCACCAUCCCCCUCUCGAAUUUCCAAGUUUUUCAUUUACGGGCUCGAAAUUUUCUCAAUUUCAAAUCUACCCAUCCAUCUUCCCAUUUCCUUCUCAAAACUUACGAAUCCGAUUCUUCAAUUGCCACCUCACCUGAACUAAACCCAAACUUUAAUGAUUUCAAUUUAGAUUCCUUUCUCUCAAUCGCUGAAUUUUUGUGUAUAUUUUCUUCGGUUGUUGUUUCGGUUGUUUAUGUCGUUUCGGAAUGGAAAGGUAUAUAUAUGGGUGGGAUUUGGAGGACGGUUAUGGUGUGCGGAGUUGUUGGAUUGGUGGGCGCGGUUGCCAUCGGAGCGUGGAUCAGGAGGCGGCAGUGGCGGAGGAUUUUUGUGGAAAAGGUCAAAGGUGGUGGAGAAGGGAAAAGUUUUAAUUUGGUUGAAAGGAUUGAGAAAUUAGAGGAGGAUUUGAGGAGUUCCGUUACAAUUAUCCGAGUUUUGUCUAGGCAACUUGAGAAAUUGGGGAUUCGAUUUCGCGUAACAAGGAAGGCUUUGAAACAGCCUAUUGCCGAGACUGCGGCUUUGGCUCAAAAGAAUUCUGAGACUACUAGGGCAUUAGCAGCAAAAGAAGACAUCCUAGAAAGGGAGCUUGGUGAAAUUCAGAAAGUUUUGCUGGCAAUGCAGGAGCAACAGCAAAAACAACUUGAGUUAAUCGUUGCAAUUGGAAAGUCGGGGAAGUUGUUUGAAGACAAGCGGGAACUUAUUCAAGAGAAAAAUACAGUUGAAGCACGUAAUUUGACUGAGGCAACGAAACAAAUGGAAAUGCAUCAGACUCAGCCUUCAGGUACAAGCAAUGGAACUGGCAAUGACAGAGCAUAAGAUUUUGAAGCAGCAGAUGCAGUCGGCGUGUAUGUAAUUAACAGCAUGAUGGCAUUUAGUCUGAUCCUUCAGCAUGCAAGGCACUUGGACUCUCAUAGAUGACACCAGAGCUUUUGCUCGGGCAUAAACAUUUUUUGCUUGAAAAUCUCUUUGUUUCUUGACCCCUGCAACCCUGCUACAAUUGAAGAUGGAAGAACAGCUAGAAAGGGUUAAAAACAUUAAAUAAAAUGUGGACGAUGCUUAUUUCUCGUUAAGCAUAGAAACAUGUCAAGGUGGCUUUUUUGUGCUUAGCUUGUGUUUGUAAUUCUUCUUUGUGUGGUAUUCUACUAAUCAUCUCAAACAUUUUUCUUUUUUUUUUUUUUUGUUA